AUUCACUUUUGAAUUUAUUAAUGAAAAGUUUGCGACGUUGAGAAGACGUUCGAGUGCCUGAAGAAUUUGUAAAAAAGUGAAAAGUUUAUUAUUGUGUAAAAUGAAGAGUUUUACAGCCAUUGUAUUGGCAAUCUGCGUCUGCGCAGUGGCUGCAGAAGAGCUCGAGAACAGGCGUGAUUUCCACAAAUUACACUACAGUCAACACCAUCAAACGGUUCAAGAGGCUAAACAAAAAUUGGGAGAUGUAGCUUCUGGCUUCGAUGGGCAACAACAUGCUUCCUUUGAAGAGGUCAGCUCUUAUGGUGGGGUGGGCACUGUCGGACUUUCAGGUGGUAGUAGCGGAUACGGCAGCAGUGGCUACAGUAGCGGUGGCUAUUCUGGUCAUCAAAGCUCCGCUGGUUUAUCAGGUCUUUCAGCCGCUGAAUUGGCAAGUGGUUCGUCUUUCGGUGCAUCCAGUAAUAGCGCUGCUUCAUUUGGUGCAAGUCACUCAGCGAACUUUGGUAGCUCUUCAUCAUUCGGCGCUAAUUCGAACUUUGCCAGUGGCGCCAGCAAUGGAGCUUCUGUUGUGAUACCCGUCUCAGGUGGAUCAUCAAGCAGUUUCUCAGAACAGAGUGAAAAUGUACAUCAACAAGUCAUACCUGAAGUUGUCGCUUCAGGAAGUGGUUCUAGUGGUCAUGAAAGUUAUAUCCACCAUGAAGAACGCCGUACUGAAAGCAAACCUGCCAUUAGUUAUACCGUACCUGUUGGUGGCUCUGAGAACUAUGUGCACCACGAGGAACGUCGUGUACAGUCGCAAACUGCAGCACCAAUUAUUUCAUACGCACCAUCGGGUGGUCACGAAAGUUAUGUACACCACGAGGAACGUCGCACACAAAGCCAACCCGUUAUCCACUACACUGCCCCAUCUGGUGGCUCCGAAAACUACUAUCACCAUGAAGAACGUCGUGUUGCUGCUCAACCCGUUAUUCAGUACACUGUGCCCAGUGGUGGUGCUGAGAACUAUGUCCACCACGAAGAACGACGUGUACAAAGUCAAGCUGUGCCUGUAAUUCAAUACACCGCACCAUCUGGUGGCUCAGAGAAAUACGUAUCCAUUAAAGAGCAACGUAUUCAACAAGCUGCACCCGUUCAAAUUAUUUCUUCUCCUUCCGGCCAUGAGUCUUAUGUUAAUUAUCGUCAAGUGACCACCUCAGCUCAACCCCAAAUUAUUGUACCAUCUGUCGGUGGCUCCCACUCUUCUUACGUACAACACUCUGCUGCUUCAAACACAGCUUCUCAAUUAGGCAAUCUGUUGAGUGGUUCAUUGACUGCAGGUCAAACAGGCUUCAGUGGUCUCGGCUCAAGUUCGCUUACAUCCGCCAAUUCUGGUUUCGGUUCCCAAAGUCGUUAUGGUGCGCAAAGUGGUUUUGGAGCUCAAAGCGGAUACAGCGCCCAACAUGGAUUUGGUGCUCAAAGCCAAUUCGGCGCUCAACACGGAUUCGGUGCAGCCAGCAAUGCGGCCAUUACACAGGGCGCUGCUUUUGGCAGUGGCUUCGGCUCACAAUCCAAAUUUGGCUCCCAAUUCGGUGCUGAGUCUAGCUUCAACUCUAAAUUUGGUUCAAGUUUCGGAGCAGAUUCUGCAUUUGGCGCAAGCUCAGGUUUGUCCGCUGGCGCAGGCUCUUCGGGCUUACAUCACUACAUUUCUGAAUCCGAGCGUUUGGCUAAAGCCCAAGCCCAAGAUAUCGGCUAUGGUGGCGUACGUGCUGGCGGUAGCCAAUUGGCCGACUUGUCUGCAGGUUAUGGUAGCAAUGCCGGUCUUUCAGGCGGUUUUGGCGGCUCUGGCGGUGGUUUUAAAACAAAAUCUUGGGAAAAGGCUUCGAAAUGGUCUUCACAAUCUGAGUUUGGUCCCGAUGGUCAAGUGAAAAAUUUCAAAGAGCUAUCGACUGGCGAAAGCGAGAACUACGACAUAAACGGCAAGCGCGUCGGCUACAAGGCAGCUACCACUACACUCGAUGACAAUGGCAAAGUCAGCAGCUACAGUCUUCACACAUAAAUAUCAUCACAGUUGUACAGUUAGCAUACUUUAAUGUGUUCUUUAACGCUAAGCUAAUAUGCGUUUUUUAUUUCGAUGUAAACAUAAAAAAACUCACUUUCGGAAAUAAACAAAAAAUUUUUAUUUAAAUUA